AUGAGCUUUCUUUCAGGGCGUAAAGAACGCAUCGUCGUUCUAGGCUCAGGCUGGGCUGGAUAUGCUCUGGCAAAGACAAUAUCUCCCUCUCAAGCAUCUCGGGUUCUCAUCUCUCCUCGCUCUCACUUCGUCUUCACCCCCCUUAUCGCCUCAACCGCCGUUGGCACUCUCGAGUUCCGUGCUGCUGUCGAGCCCUGCCGUAAACUCGGUCUUACAGAGUUCCACCAGGCUUGGGCUUCUGAUAUUGACUUUGCCAACAAGACCAUCACCGUUGAAGCUAACCAGCGUGAUGGAGUCACGGCUCGCUCGGGCAAGGAUCUGUUGAAGGGCCUCGAGUUCCAGGUCCCGUAUGAUAAGCUUGUAGUGGCUGUCGGGUGCUACAGUCAGACUUUUGGUGUGGAGGGUGUCAAGGAGCACGCAUGUUUUCUAAGAGAUGCCACAGAUGCUCGAACAGUACGUCUAAAAGUGCUGCAGAAAUUCGAGCAGGCUUCUCUGCCUAGCACAAGCGCGGCUCAGAGGAAGCGAUUACUUCACUUUGCUGUUGUAGGUGGUGGUCCCACAGGUAUCGAAUACGCGGCUGAGCUUCACGAUCUUAUACACGAAGACUUGGCCAAGCUGUAUCCCGAACUAAUGCCUCACGUUGCCAUCACCAUCUACGACAUUGCACCAAAGGUUCUGCCUAUGUUUGAUCGCAAUCUGGCCGCAUACGCCACAAACAUCUUCAGCCGUGCAGGCAUCAAAGUCAAGACUGAGCAUCACCUCGAGGGCAUUCGACGAGACGACGACGUCCUCCUGAUGCGUAUCAAGGAGGAACCUGAAGAAGUCGCAGCAGGCGUUGUCGUCUGGAGCACGGGUCUCAUGCAGAACCCUCUGGUAGGCAAGUUGGUCGGACGAGAGGUGGAGGGCAUGGGAAAGAUCGCAAAGAACUGCAAAACAGGCGGCUUCGCUGUUGAUUCCCAUCUUCGAGUCCAGGUCGAAGCCCAAGACUCCAGCGGCAAACAAAUCACAAAGACACUCCCGGACGUCUACGCAAUUGGUGACUGCGCCAAUAUCCAAGGCGAAUCACUUCCUGCCACUGCACAAGUAGCAAGUCAACAGGCUACAUAUCUCGGCAAGAGAUUCAACGCCGGGACGUCUUCUCAGGGGCCUCCAACCGCCCCCUUUCACUUCCGUAACUGGGGUACAAUGGCGUAUCUUGGAGGUUGGAGGGCUAUUCAUCAGAAGGGUAGUGAUGAGCUCAAAGGUAGAGCGGCGUGGAUUCUAUGGCGGACGGCGUAUUUGACAAAGAGCAUGAGUCUAAAGAAUAAGCUCAUGAUUCCGUUUUACUGGUUGGUUACAUGGAUUUUUGGUCGAGAUAUCUCAAGGUUCUAG